GGGGGCAACGGCACAAAGCAUUCAGUUGUUAUAACCAUGCUAAUGUUAUGAUAUGUGACUUGAAUUUGAUAUUACAAUUUUUUUAAUUUAACAAUUAAAUAUUCAAUAAGGAAUAGAUUUCUGUCAACGCCUUGUUAACAUAUAUUAAGUGCUAGUUGGAGUUAGCUAUACACUUAAAUGGUGAGCUAGUUAAAGUUUAGCUAUGCAUAGGUUUGGUUAUGACCUUUAACUCCUCAAGAUGUAUUGAUAAAGUUAGACAUACUUCCAAUUUGUGUAAUAUAAUUACAUUUUUCAAAGUGCAAUUCGAUAUUAUUGAACUGUCAACCACUGCAGAACGUCUCAAUAACGAGCUUGUGAUCUUGCCCUCAAUCCCCGCAAGAAGUACGCCCCUGUGGCAGGUAACCAAGCAUCAGACCCAGACACACGCGACACUCGAUUGCCAUUAGCGUCCAAUCCAGUCAUCAAAUGUGCCGGCUAUAGCCGGAGUAUAUCUCUCAAUCUGUCUAUAUAUAUUGCCACCACUGCGAGCCGCAGGCCGGUGGACAAUUAACGUGGUCAAUCGGCGUGAAAACCAUGUCGAAGUCAUCAUGGAUGCGACGAGUCGGGCGCUUGGAUCAGUUCAACCGAAGCCCCAGAUCGGUGAGGUCGCAAGUUUCCCACAUUCGAGUCCUACUAUCUUAACCAGCUCAGAAUGCUCAUUAAACUGAUACUCGCGUUGGUAAUUGGCUAUGGCGGCAUUUUUGCGCCUGGCAGUGCACAAAAUCUGUUGGAUCGACUGCGUCCGGUGAAUAUGACCCGCUUCGAUGACGGCAUUAAGGUGGUGUCCGGCACCAAAGUGAAGCGGUACGAACGGCUGACGGUUCCGCUGGGAGGUCCUGUGGGCAUUCCAGGACCAGCUGGACUUUUGGGACCUCUACUGCCACCACAGCCAUCGUAUUUGGGUUACACCUAUCAGUUGGUGCCUCAGUGGCAGGCGGGUUCCAAACUGGUGGGCGAUGGGGAAGGAGCGGGCGUGGCCGGAAUGGUGUCCUUUGUACAGCUACCCUACAACUCGGACAUUAGGGUGACGAUCAAUGUGACUGGAUUGCCGCCCGGCAAACAUGCCCUGCACAUUCACACCUUCGGAGAUCUCAGCGAUGGUUGCAAGUCCACUGGCGGGCAGUUUCCCAAUAACUUUCUCGGUAAUGUGGACACCAAGGAUGAUGGCAGCAUCUCGGCGGUGUUCCAGAGCAUUUACCUGCAAUUGUUUGGCAUCAAUGGCAUCGUUGGACGGUCCAUAGUGAUACACAGCAAGGCCAUCGAUCUGAAUACCGCUCUAAAUGCAGAGGUCUUCUCCUCCUCCCUUCAGGCGAUGCCAAAUCCGCUGGCCUAUCAGAACGAGGAGAACUCACUGGGUGCUGCCAUCGCCUGUGGGGUAAUUAGUCUUAUGAGCACAGCAGCCAGUGCGUCAGGUAUGACAACAGCUGCCCCAGCAGCACCUGCAAUGGAAAACCCAGAGAUUUAACUUGUAUUCAUAUGCACUCUCUUAAUAAAUAAUUUGUAGUUACUCAAUUGAGGAUUUGAUCAGCGCCCGUGAUCAGUGUCCAAA